AUGAGUUCGACACCCAGAGUUAGAUUCCAGCGACUUCAAGUGCUUGGUAGAAGAGCAGUUGAAGAGGUACUCAAAACAUCAUUUUCCGAAGAGCAAGUCAAACAAUGCUAUCCCAAUAUCGUUGAGUCAGAGGCAGGUGCAGCGAAAUUGGAAACUGGGAUAACGCGGCUUCAGGAAUAUCUUCAUGAUAGCACUGUAACAGAAUUCAAUCACAUAUAUGAUGAAAACUCUUUACCACAGAAGUUGGAUGAGUUAGACGAACUUAUACACCUGGCCCAAGAGAGGGAACGAAAAGGUGGACACGUGAAUGAAGAGAAACAAGUAGAGAUUGAAAAAUUGCCAGCGGAUGAUAUCAUGAGUUCAAUGGUGCUCAGUGAGAAGAAGGAUGUCUUGGGAAAGUUGAGACUAAUUUAUGAACAGUUGUGCAAUGAUAAUGACGAAAUGCUACGAUCCUUGGAUGAGAAAUCAAAAGAAAAUGAAACUUUUGCUGGUAAGAUUUUCGAAAUUUGGGAACCUAUACUACGCCAGCAAGAUGUGAUACAAAGGGGUUCAAUACAAAAUGACAAGUCUUUAUACAUGUCCACCAAAUAA